ACCAUGCCAGGAGGGCAACUCAGACUGUAGCUCUGAUUCAGGUCUCUGUACCUACACAUACGGUAGGAGAGGAGAAGUGGAACAUUCCGGACCAAAUUCAAAUAACUUUGAAUUUUAAAACUUUGUUCCGUUGUUUUCCUGAGAAACUGAGCAUUUGUUCCUCCUGGAUUCCCAGGGAGAUUAUUCCGGGACAUUCUUCCUGCCUCUGAACAGUUUGACUUGACCGGGCACGUCAUUGGAAUUCUGCUCUACAACACUGGAAGUUCUGGAACACUGGAAAAUGUGUCUGUGACAUUUAACGUACAGUAGAGGCUGUUUGGGAUUUAAUAAAGUUUUCUAUUCACAGCACAGCAGGGCUUUGUGUUGCCAAACAGGAUUACAGGAUAGCAGGGGUUAUAGCUGGAGCCCUCCUGGAGAGGGUAAUAAGAGCUAGGGGAUUUGUCCUCACAAAGGCCUUUUGUUCACUGGAACCAGUAGAAGUGGAACACAGCUGGGUAGGUUGGAGUGCUGGAGGUGUAGAGAUGAGCCUUUUGUGACACUCUGAAUGGACACACUGUGCUGGGGUAGCCUCUCUACCUGGCUGGCUAGUAGUUACAUUUUAGUCAUUUAGCAGACACUCUUAUACAGAGAGAUGUGUAAGUAAUAGCUCUGAGGGUGAGGGGAAGUAGCAAUCCAAUUUGUUCCGCAAUAAGAUCUCCACUAUGUUUACUCGUGGAGACAAGACUGAGCCUCAGAGGCUGGCGGGAGAGACUGCGGUGCUGACGGCUUUCAGGACCCUGUCUGAUGAAGAGCACUAUCUCACAGGGGUCAGUGAUCAAAAUGCCCUGGAUGUUAUCAAUGAUGUGAGGGGUAUGAGUGUGGCCACCUUACUUUCAGAGGCCACCUUACUUUAUACUGAGGACAGGAUUGAAUCAUGGGAGAAUGAGUCCAGUAGCGUUGUGACCUCUCCUCCUAACCCAGGCCAGGUGUCUGUGUCCACGGCCGACCCAGGUCUGGUCCAGGUCACUAUGGUGGAGAUCUGUAGCGACACAGAGAUGGAAGAUGAGGAGGGGAUCAGCAGCCUCAGCCAAUCGGACAAGCAUGCCGCCCCUGUAAUGUCCUUCCCACCUGACGAUGACCAGUGGACAGUGGCAGUGGGCGAUGAUAACAAGGGUCAGCUGCCACCCGCUGGCCCAGUGAGAGGUGCCAUUGAGACAGACAUAAAGCUGCCUGUGUUUAAGCCACACAGUCUUGUGGAAAGAUCCCUCAAAGACACCUCUGUUCUAUACUCUGCGAGGUUUAUGGGCAGAUCUAACAGUGGGACGGAUCUUGGACCGCUCUCCUCCGUCUCCAAACCAGAAGUGCCUAGAGAUGGCUGCAGCACCGACCUCUACACUGAUCCCAGGCCUGUGGAGGUGGGUGUGGAUGCAGCAGCCAUGGGUGCCAAGGGGUUCAGCCAUCAUCACCACAAAGUAGCCAAAGGCGUCAGCAUCAGCCAGGAGGUAUUGGGCCUUACUGACAUGUGUGCUGGAGACAACGCUGCAGUGGCUUCACCUCUUAACUUGUCUCUCACCUCUGAACCCCAGACAUCAGAGGCAGCAGCAGAUGACACUGCCUUGCAGUCAGGACAGCCAGAGGACCAAGAUUCUGGACAGAGGAAGGAGAUGUUGGGGGAAAACACUGGAACUGAGGAGCAUACAGAGCAUGUCCCCUGCCAGGAAUCCCCCUCCGCCCUCUCUGAGUCAAGGCCACCUGAAGCAGUAGAAACAUCUUCCCCUAGCCUGGAGAAGCAGCCUGACACUGAAGUGACAAAAGGUAUUUUAGGGACUGGUCUGGCCGUGUCGCGUGUUCCUGGAGAGUCCCCAACUGACAGCCAGCCAAGUGCCACUCCUGUCUCUGUCUCGCCCAGGGGCCAAGGUGACAUGCCUGCCACAAGGAGGCCCGACACAGACUUGCCCUCCUCCUCACCCUCCAGGGGCACAGCCUCCUCCCAGGCCCCCUCCUUCCAGCUGCCUGCCCUGUUCAGUGGACUGCGGGUUCUGAAGAAAGGGGCUGUGGGGGAGGAGAGGGAGACAGUGUCUGAGAUCAAACAGAGAGACGCUGAUCUGGCCCUACUGAGACUGAAGAAGACCGUCAACAAAGCCAAUAACUUCCCUGAGCAGAUCACCUCCAGUAGCAGCACCCCCAAGAAAUGGCCCGAGCCCAAACCUGUGUCUGAGACCAAGAGUAAUCUCCUGGGGCAGCUCAGCCAGCUGCUCAACCUAGACGGGACCAAGGCAGAGGACAAGCCGGACCCACUGCUAGAGCUCAGAGACAGGGAGCCUGAGAGGGGGGAGGAGGGGGCGACAGAUAAGGUUCCAGAGCCCAUCCCCACCAACCCACCAGCAGACAGCAGGAAUGCCUCAGACACAACAUUCGACACCUUUAAGAGUCUCUUCAGCUCCAAACCUGCUAAAAGGGAUACAGCGGAUCCUGUGGAUUUAGAGGCUGUCAAGAAAAAAAACAAAAGUGAGAAGGACCUGCUGAAAUCCAUCUUUGAGAGAACCUCCAAGUCUCCCAGCAGUGAGCAAAAAGGUCCAGCGGAGUCUAAAUCUGAGGUCACCUCCCCUACAGACAGUGAAGACCGGACCCCCAGGCGGCUCCAGGCCAUCUGGCCCCCGCCCAAGCUCAAGGAUGAGGAGGAGAAGGUGGGGCUCAGAUACACCGAGGCAGAGCACCAGGCUGCCCUCUUACAGCUGAAGAGAGAAUGCAAAGAGGAGGUGGAGAAAGUACAUGCAGAGUUUGAGCUCCAGAUCUUCCAGGUGCGUAUGGAGCAUGCUGUCUCCAUGUCCCAUCUGGAGGGAGUCAUCGGCAAGAUGCAGACAGACUGUCACCAGGCCUUCAGCCUGGGACACGAGAGGGGCGAGCUCCGUGAGGCCUGCGUGUCCACCGAGGACGACCUGCCUCCCAAAACAUUUCGUAAUGUCUGCAUCCAGACAGACAGGGAGACCUUCCUCAGGACGCCCGAGGGUGAGGCCAGCCGGCCCGGUCUCGGCCCCAGUCAGAACAUGCCUAAGAAACUAAAUCUGGACUCCAUCAACCUGAGUCUGCAUGGAGGAGCCUCAGGACUCCCCGGCCAACCUCCCCCACCCCCUCCCCCUCCUCCCCUUCCUCCCCUCCCUGGCCAAUCAGGACCGCCUCCACCUCCUCCUCCGCCUCCCCCUCCCCCGUUACCUGGCAACAUGGGGCCACCGCCUCCACCCCCCCUCCCAGGUUUUAGUCCCCCUCCCCCCCCUCCGGGGUUACCUGGAGCUGGCCCUCCCCUUCCUCCCCCUCCACCUGGGUGCGGCCCACCCCCUCCUCCUGGGGGUGGAUUUGGGUUUGGGUUCGGCCAGGCAGCGGAGAAGGCCCCAAGGAAACCUGCGUUGGAACCUGCUACUCCCAUGAAGCCUCUAUACUGGACCAGGAUACAGAUCCAGGACAAUAAUAAUAAUACACUGUGGGGUUCUCUGGAGGAACCAGACAUCAUAGACACCAAGGAGUUUGAGGACCUUUUCUCCAAGGCCACUCUGCAGCCAAAGAAGAAGCCCCUCUCAGACACCUUUGAGAAGAAGGCCAAGACUAAGAAGAUUAUCAAACUGCUGGAUGGGAAACGUUCCCAAGCAGUAGGCAUCCUCAUCUCAAGUCUGCACCUUGAAAUGAAGGACAUUCAGAAAGCUGUUUUGAGUGUGGAUAACUCUGUGGUGGACUUGGAGACCAUCGAGGCUUUAUAUGAAAAUAGGGCCACGAGUGACGAGCUGGAGAAGAUUAAAAAACACUAUGAGACGUCCAAGGAGGACGAGGUGAAGCUACUGGACAAGCCUGAACAGUUCUUGUAUGAACUCUCCCAGAUUCCAGACUUCUCUGGCCGGUCCCACUGCAUCAUAUUCCAGUCUGUCUUCCUCGACUGCAUAUCUUCCAUCCACCGCAAAGUAGAAAUAGUCUCCACCGUGAGCAAAGAUCUGCUGGACUGUAGAAGUGUGAAGGAUGUGAUGGGGCUGGUCCUAGCCUUUGGGAACUACAUGAAUGGAGGCAACAGGACGCGGGGUCAGGCUGAUGGCUUUGGCCUGGAGAUCCUGCCCAAACUGAAGGAUGUCAAGAGCAGGGACAAUCGUAUCAGUCUGGUCGAUUACGUAGUUGCAUACUAUCUGCGCAAUUUUGACAAGCACGCAGGAACAGACAAGAGUAUAUUCCCACUGCCUGAGCCACAGGAUUUAUUCUUGGCCGCUCAGGUCAAGUUGGAAGACCUCACAAAUGACAUGAGGAAGCUGAGGAGAGACCUGACUGCGUGUGAAAAGGCUGUUCAGAAGGUGUGUGCUAACUCCUCAGAGAAGAACCUUCAGCCCUUCAAGGAGAAAAUGGAGGCCUUCGUCUCGACCGCUCAAAAGGACCACACUGCUGAGGAUGACCGGCUCAAUGCAGCACAGAAAAGCUUCCUGGACAUGGUGGGCUACUUUGGGCUCAAGCCAAAGUCUGGGGAGAAGGAGGUGGCCCCCGGUUACGUCUUCAUGCUCUGGUAUGAGUUCUGCAGCGACUUCAAGAACACGUGGAAGCGGGAGAGUAAGAACAUCUCCAAGGAGAGGCUGAAGGAAGCGCAGGAGAACAUGAAAAAGAUCACUGCUGAGAACAGGGUGGAAACCAAGAAGGUCAAUGCCAACAGUCUGAAAGAGAGACUGCGUCAGAAGGAAGCCAGCGUGUCCUCCAGCUGAAGAGGAUGAUCAAUGAAGAACAGAGUAGAGAGAGAGGAAGUGGAGAGAGAUGGCCGAUGGGAAAGUCUGCUGGCUUCACCACUUCUAGCCUUCACCACCUGCCUCUUACCCAACAUCAUACCUCAUAUAGCCCUCCGUGCUCCCACGCUGUGGACCUCUCUAUUACGGCACCAUUCUACCGUCCCUACUGACUGGACCAUCUCCACUACUCUCCAUGGGGCACCCCUCUUUCACCUCAACCUCGUCCCCAGAUGAGAGGUACCUUGUGUGGCUUCUAUCACCUGUGUAUCCCUAGGACCACCAUCCAGACCAACACUUACACCAUGGGAAAGAGGAACCUGUUUGCCUGACAACCUGCUGUAGAUUUGCCGGCUGCUAAGUCUAUGCAGGCUGCUAAGUCUACAAAGAGGGUCGUUGGCUGACUAAACAGCUUACGUGAUGAGAAUCACAGGGGCCAAAGGUCAACCUCAUUCAUCCAGACUGGUGUGACCUCUGAAUGGCCAGCCUGUAGAGCCUGCUCUGAGGGGUGCUGGGGAUCAGGAUAAUGAGCACUCCAGCUGACAUAUCUAUACUGAUGACCCCUGACCUCUAGGCUUCCUAGGCCUGCUGGAGCUGAGGACCUGCAUUCAUUCCUCAGUCUGGGUUUCUUUCAUGACAGCAUCACACAUCCUGAUGACAUAAUAAAAUGCAUUGAAGCUAGGUUAUGCAAAUACAGUAAAUACAAUAAAAAUUAAGAUGAGGCCUCAUUGUUGUUGGGCUAUGUUAACAGAUAUGGCUACCAGGUGAUGUUCACUCAGAGGAGUUGUUAUUCUAACAAUGAUUUAGAAUAUGAAAGCAAAAUACAAUACUUUAAAGUAAAGAAUAGCUAUUAAUUUGCUGUGGCCCAUUUUUUAAGUGUGUAUUGUAAAUGAUUGCAUAUGGUGUUUGUUUUCAAAUGAGCAGGGACUGAAACGUUUGACCUGAUGUUGUAUUAUGAAGAGAAUCAGUAGCCUUUAUUGGACUGAGAGUCCUGUUGAAGGCAUAGCGAUGUGGGUCCUGGUCAGAAGGUGGAAACUGGAUGUUGUAACGAUGUUAACUUUCUCACUGCACCAGACUGACCCCUCCUGGGUGAUAGCCAGAGAAUGCCAGACCUUGGCAGCAAUUCCUUGCUCUCUUCCCCUGAGUCAUACAUCACGCUCUGAGAUGAACAAACAACCCUGCUAUAAGCUAUGCUGAGGAAAGCAACAGGUAUUCUGAGUAUGGCUGCCCUGACACAUUUUUGAAGUGUAUAUGAUAGAAUGGUUAGUUGUUCAUGACAUAUGUAUGUCACAAUUCUAAGCACUUUCCUGCUUGCAUCAGCUGUAUUUAGUAGCUAUAUUAUAUUUAUUUAACAACAAAUUUGUAUUUUAAUUCUGGAAGAUUUAAACGUUGUCUUGGAAAACUAUACAUGAUAGGGAAAACUAUAAAUGAUAUGAAAUAUUUAUUUUAUGGCAAAACAUUAAUUGUUUUCUCUUUGAGGCUGUAUUUUGUAUAUUAUUUGAUUCCUGCCUUUAGCUUUAGGGGGUACAUGAAUGGCUCAGUAGUCAGGCGAAAGAUGUGUUUAGUUUCAUAAGGAUAUGACCUAUAUUAUGUGGAGCCUUAUUAAUUUACCCCAAAUGGUCUUGUUUCAUACCUGACCUAAACUGAUAGGGAGAGUAUAAUUUGGCUAAAUAUAUUGACUUUUUAUUUAUUUAAAUCAAGAACAUUUUUACUUUGUUUAAAAAUAGAAACGAUUACUCAUAUCAAGCCAUGUGUAUACUUUACCCCUGUCAGAACCCAUUGAGUGUCCAAAUAACAUCGUUGUUUCAUAAUCAUUGAAUGUGCCAUUCUUUUGUAUGAAGAUAUUUCAUAAUCUUACAAGUGCACAUUUUCUGUUUACUUUAACGUUUUUCAAAACCAAAUUAGUAGGCUAGAAGUUGAAUUUGAUGAAGGCCUAUUUAUAAUGUAUAUUGGUUCAUUUAGUUACAGGCCGCUAUAUGUUUCCACAUGUUUUAGGUGUUUUAUCGUUAAAUUAAUUUGCGCGAGGUCAAAGUAAUAGAUUGUAAACAUCACAACAAUUCAGUCACCAAAGUCUUAACUGGAGUCUAUAGAUGAGGAAGCCUUGCAACUAUGGAAACGGACGUUUAACCUUCCUUUUCAAUUGUUUCUCUCCUUUCAGCACACCCUAAUAGGCCUAACAUUCAGGCUCAGUAAUGAUGCAGGAGCCAAAUAAAGUUGAAAAUAUGUGCAUUACAAUGACUCAAGUAGCCAAAUUGUUUCAUUAAUACAUAUUAUUAAUUUUUGCGCAAUAUUUAUUAAAUUGCACCUAUUCCUCUCAAAAUGCACCUUUUCAUUAUGAAUGAAUAAUUGAAACAUGUUAGAAAGCAUGAUAAUAAUAGGAGAAAGUAGACAUAAGUUAAUUGGAUAUAAAUGGAUAGAAACAAGCAAUUUCCCUAAAAUCAUGACUUGUGUAUUAGUCUACAAUUGGCCGCAAACUUGAUCAUGUCCACACUACAGUAAGUACAGUGAAGGCACGGUAAGGCUAAAUCGAAGAAAAGCGAGGCAACUGACAUGUUCUUAGCCUAAAACCUUGCAUUUCCAUGUGGAUGUAUUUUUUAAGCAUGGGGCAGCAAAUUGCCAUUUGCCAAAUGCUCACGAGGCUUAAACAAUUGGACGAUAAAGAUUUGAUAAAGAAAACUCUGCUCGAUAUUACAUUUUUGGGGAAGGGCUAUUGAUUGAUUGAUGUAUCUAUUUUUAGAGAACCGUGUAGAGAGCCAUCUACACUGUCUGAACAAAAAACAGUAAUGCAGCAAUGGUUUUACAAAUGCGUCAUAUCCCGGGUUAGCAUCAGAUUGUCCCCAGAAAGACAUGGGCCUGUGGCUGUGACAGAUUUACGAGCUGAGGUAGAGCCUAUUGUAGACUGAUAACAUCGUUUCAAUGGAGUUCUUGAAAAGGUUGUUAUGCCUGACAUGUAAUUGCGUUUCUUGUGGUCUUUCCUCAUAAAUUAUCUUCGUUUUACGACGAAAUGUAGGCUAUCCAAGAGUCUAAGGAACGUAUAAAAGUCCCAGCAAGAGGUUGGCUCCAAGCAAGAAGAAAAUAACCCCAUCGCUGGAGAAAAUGCUUUGAUUUUGUGUUUCGGGUUAACCUGAUGCAUAAAAUGUUCUGCAUGAAAUCAGAGUCUUUGCAGUUUGGGUGUGGGUUAAUUUACUAUCUGCUGUGCGCCCUGCAACUUUCAGACAAAGAACGUGAGCAAAAAACAAGAACGUUCAGUGAACACUGCAUCAAUGUCAAUAACUGUUUAUUUUGUUUUGUGGAUCACUUGCAACCGGUUUAAUAGAAUUAUCAAACCGGUUGCAUAUACAAUUGGUGUAUGAAUAACAUUUUAAAACUGAAAAAAACGCUUCCAUCUAUAGCAUUAUAAACAAUUAUGUACACUGAGUGUAUAAAACAUUAAGAACACCUUCCUAAU